GGUCCGUUGUGUGUGUACGCGUUUUCAAAGGGAAAGGUCGCUAGACGCGGCGCGUGAGAGGGCGGUCAGAAGACGACCAGGCACAGAGAGGGAGAGAGAGAGAGAUAGAAGGAAAGGACCGAAGGAACGAACCACGCAUCGGUAAAGAAGCGGGGCCUGGUAGCAGAGGGGCAGGGGGAGGCCAGGGGAGAGGAGAGAGGCAGAGGCGCCGGGAGGUGGUAGAGGAGAGGAGAGGAGAGGAGCGACGUGUGUGUUGUGUGUGCGUGGGACUGGUGUGGGUUUGUUUGGUCUAGAAGGUAAGUUCGAGAGAUUUCGUCCGAAGGUGCGAGCGUGUUCAUCGUUCAUUGUUCAUACCAACUAUUGUCAGUAAUAGUGCCGCGAUUUCGACGACUUCGACGACGGCUAGUGGUGGUUCUUCGUUUGUAGGCUCGUCCGUCGAUUGAUUGAUCGAGCUCUUGGCGAUCGCGCUUGCGGGAGAGGAGUGAGGAAGGAAGGAAGGAAGGAAAGAGCGUGUGGGGUUUGUGACCGCCUGCGCAGCCCAUAGUGAGUGAGUGGCUCGAGGGACGAGCUGCUUCGAGGUGACGUACAGAGCGUGGAGGCUUAGAAAUCGUGUGGGAGGAGGGUCUUGGUGUGCAAUUCAGGAGCGGGGGGUUCCUGUCUUUUCAGGGACACUUAGUUAGAGCUGGAUAUUCGUGGCUGAGAGGGUCGCUGUCUUUGUACUGGUGCGCGAGGAGGAACAAUUUAGGUUUUAGUUGGAGUUCUUGAAACUCACGAGAAAGUUCUCACGCCUGGCUCCUGCCUAAUCUACUCGACUUGGGCAAGAGGCUACUACUUUUGUUGAUAAGCGCCGAAGCAUAUUCGUCAGGAACAUCGUGUUAAGGUUUGCGGCGGUUCUGUUCUUCCGCACAGGUUUCUGGAACGUCUUGAAGAACUGGCAGUGGUAAUGAACGGACCUGAAGGAAUGGGAGACCAUCUUAGUCUGGACGUGGACCGGUUGUUGGCUGGGUCCGCGGUCAAUUCUUCGCAGGAUGGAGGGAGUUCUACCCGAUCUGCCUCAAGUGCAGCUCCCGUUGAGCACUCCAUUUCAAUCAACUGUGCAGACGGACUGAAAGCCUCCGCUCUUCCUACUCAAGAUGGAUUUGGCUACUCACCGGUUCCUACUUCCGACGCUUUGGCUGGAAUAAACGGCGACGGAUUUUCGGACGAUGCAUCCACUGCCGGUGCCGGAGAAAUUGCAGAGUGUCGAAUCUGUCAGGAGGAGGACGAUGUGAAGAAUCUCGAGACUCCUUGCGCUUGCUCUGGCAGUGUUAAGUUUGCACAUCGCAAAUGUGUUCAGCGCUGGUGUAAUGAGAAAGGAGACACUAUCUGCGAAAUUUGCCGCAUGUCUUACAAAAGUGGAUACGAUGCUCCUCCUCGACCACACCAUUCCGACGGGAUCCCGAUUGAACUCAGCGGCGAGUGGGGUAUUACUGGUUCCCAUCCGUUGGAUCACUUGCGUGAUCCUCGAUUGCUUGCAAUGGCUGCCGCCGAGCGACACUUACUGGAUGCAGAGUAUGAUGAAUAUGCAGCAGCGAACGCCAGUGGAGCCGCUUGCUGCCGCUCCGCCGCUCUUAUUCUCAUGGCUCUACUUCUCCUUCGGCACGCACUUCUGAUGGCAGCAGCCGGCACUGAUGAAGAUACUUCCACUUUCUUCACUUUAUUCUUUUUGAGAGCCGCUGGCUUUCUACUACCUUGCUACAUAAUGGCUCGUGCGAUGAACAUCUUACAACGUAGAAGACAGCGUCAGGAAGCAGCAAUGGCGGCCGCCGAAGUUGCUAUAAUCUUACAAGCAGGACAAGCGAGAGCUAUGCACUUCGCUGUCGCUCCGGGCCCUUCUCCAGCUCACGAGCUGCCUUAAGGAGUGUUGCAACGCACUUACUCAGGAUGAAGAAAUCACGUUGCGCUACAUCGUGCGUACCACGUGCACGACGAGUACCAGAAUAACUGAGCAUGGAUCAGACUUCUGCCAGCUCGCGGAGCACUACGAUUGGUGCAGCAUCAGCAACUGGUUCUUCCAUAAAUCAGAUCUGCAGACACUGCUAAAUUAAAUGAAUCGACUAACAGGGAGCAGGACAAGUACGAAGCUAUCUAUCCAAAUGAACACCUUGGGGACCUCACUCAACGCAGGAGUAACGAAUGCUUACAUGCGGAUCUCCACUUGUCUUGUUGGACAAAAGUGCGAAAUGGAACGAAAAUCCUGCGGCGGCACAUUCAGACUUUGACUUCGUUGGUAUAUACAGCGCCUGGGUUCCAAGCCGCAUUGUAAAAUACCACACCAUGCAACUAGCUUCUUUCAAGGCUAAUUGUCUCAAAAGAGUCAAGGCCUUGAUAUAGAGUUGUACAUUUUCCCACAGCUGAUCGUCAUGGUGGCCUUUCUUGCAGCUUUCACUCAAGUGACUGGUCUAAUCACUGGUGGGUUAUCAUCCUACUAGUACUUAAAUUUUUCCUUGAACUACUCAUUCAUAUGCAGCCCCAGCAUCUUCCGUAGAUGGUAGGCCAGACAUUCUUACAGUAGAUGGAAGAUGGAGUUGCGAGGCGAAGUACCCUUACGUUUCUAAAGUAUUCAAAAUUCUCCCUAUCCUCAAUUUCCCUUAGUAGUAACCUGUGCUACAUCCAGUCGAUUCUACAGAGAAAGUGACAACAACUUUUAUAGUUGCUGUCAAAUUUUCGCAGGAUGAAUAAAUUUUGCUGAGACCUAGACAGGCCCUAGACUUGUCAGUGCUUUUAAGUCGUAGUCUCAAAAGCGCUUCGAAGCCAACUUCGUGCUGAAGGGGUGGAAGUUAUCUAUGUCCAAGCGCAUGGUUUGUCUGGACCUUUGAGUCUGUACAUGUUGCCCUCACUAGAGAUAUACACAGAUAUCACUAGAGAUGUGGUUUUAGGUAGUCGUUGAGUGUAGAGUAGGAACUAUUAUGUGUAUAUCUUUUUGUUUAAUGCAGUCCCGUGUAAGACUCUGUGCGGUAGUUUUUGAACUGCCCCGUGUCUCGGGCUGAAUUUCUCAAGCACUGCCUGCUGUAAAUCAGAAAUGUAGAGAGACAUUAAGAGAGUCUGUCUGACGAUAUUUGCCCUGUCAAUGAAAAUCAUAUUUU